AUGCUAAACGAUUAUCACCCUGCUAUAGCCUUUGUGGUCCGCCGCAUAAUAUCAACUCCUAUUUUUGCCAUUGUUGCUUAUGGACCUUUGGCCCCUCCUAGACAUGGACCUCCACCACCUUCUACAGGUGAAAAAAAUGGUCCUCAAUGUGAACUAUUAGGUCCUUUAGCUUUAGUUAUUCAAUGCUCAAUGGGUGCUUUAGCUAUUCUUUCACUUGUACUUAAACGAUCUUAUGAAAAUCCACCAAGACCUUGGUGGAUUUGGUUCUUUGAUGUAUCAAAGCAGGUCUUUGGUGCAUUAGGACUUCACAUGAUUAAUGUCUUACUAUCUAUUCUUUCAUCCCAUUCAGGCGAACCUGAUGUUGAUGAUAACCCAUGUAACUGGUACUUUUUAAACCUUCUCCUCGAUACUACUUUAGGUGUCCCUAUUCUCUGGUUUUUCCUUUAUAUCAUUCAUAUGACUGCCUUUCGAAUAGGUGUAACUGAAAUCUUAUCAGGUCAAUAUGGUGAUCCUCCUCGUUGGUCAGCCUUUAUUAAACAAGCAAGUCUUUACUUAUUAGGAAUGGUUUGUAUGAAAUCUAUUCUUUACUCUGUCACUCAAACUGUACCAUGGUUAGAUGAUCUUGGAGAAUUUCUUCUUUCUUGGACAAAUAAAAACCCUGAACUCCAAGUGAUUUUUGUCAUGUUGGUUUUCCCUCUCAUUAUGAAUACUCUUCAGUAUUAUCUCAUUGAUACCAUCAUUCAAUCCCCAGAAUACCAUAUCAACCCUAACAUUAAGUCUGGUAAACUUGUCAACAUUGAUUACCUAGGUCAAAUCGAGGCCGAAGAGGAAUACGAACGAAAGUGUCGUCGCCAUUCAACUAAACCUUUAACUCAUCAAUCCAGUCUUUUCGGUACUGCAUCUUCUUCUUCUACUUCUACUUCUUUUUCUCCUUCUCAUUAUCCUUCUUCUUCCCCCUCAUCUCCUAACAGUAGCCGUAGACACGACUCGGAGGAAACUGAUGUCGACGAAACAACACCAAUUUUGCCUUGCACGUGUCGCACAACACUUCCCUCUUCACCUUGUGGUAAUGAUCUUUUUGAUGAAGAACAAGUCACUCGAACUGUCACACGAAUAGCAGUCCCUGAAUUUUCAUCUUCAUCUAGUUCAAAUAAUACCCUUUGA